AUGGAUCCGUAUCUGUCGGGGGAUCUUCUCCUCGAUGGCCCCACAAAGGAGAUGGCAAACGUCUCGCUCGAGGACCGCGACAAGGAGAACAGAACCAUCAACAAACCCAUCGAGAACAACACCAGCGAGAACAAUGGCGAGAGCAACGGCGAGAACAACGGCGAGAACAAAACACAUAUCGAAAGUCCCAGUUCUAUCCUUAGUUCGAUACGGGUUAACACUCUUCUUUGGCAAGAGGCUAGAAUGUUGGUUUACGAAGGAUUCGACUUCCCUCCCGCAGAGAAAAUCAAGGAGAUUGGGAUUCAAGGAACCAAGGUCAAUAUGUCAAGAGGAAACACUCUACAAUUUGAACCAUGUUACUUCCUCCCAUACCAUGAAGAGAAUAUUCUGGAACGAUAUCCCAUCCAGGCCGGGGAAGAGAUAAGCCCACUCAAGCCUACUCCCCCGAGCUUUGAUGUUGCUCUGAGGUCAGCACGCGAUUAUGCUUUUGAGCAAGACGAGGAAUGGAUUCAGGGUUACGCACAAAGACUUUAUCAAAAACGGCUUGAACGUUUCAAAGAAGGAAAGGGUGACUAUGGUCUUUCUAUACCUCGCAUCGUGACACAAGAGGAUCCCGAAUGCAAUAUUCCAAGUCUCGAUGGCCUCUUGGGGCUAACCCACUGGCGUUUUGAGAAGAGGGAACGCCUGAUGGUGCAGGGGGAAUGGACGCGUUUCUGGGGACUCGGGAGCAGGUUAUGGAGCUUGGAUGUAUUUUUGAGAUAUUUUGACCCAGAUCAGCCCAAGCCACAUCUCAUCGCCUUGUUGGAGUCACCAGCUUGUGCAUCCGACGGGGAUCAAGGAAUUUGCUACGAUGAGAUUGAAGCUAGUCUGGCAUUGAUGAUCCACAGAGCGAAGCGCCCAGGGUUUCGGAACUACGGCACUCACCCAAUACUUAUCCUAUCCUUCCUCGGGUCGCAUCAUGUCCGAAUCCUCCAAGUUUCAUUUGACCAGAAGAAUUUCCUGAUCCAGUACUCACAGCUGUGGGAUUGCUGGGAUGAGGAGAAUCCACCUACUGAUAUCCUUCUUCGAUAUUGCCUAAGCCAACCAGUCGGACUUGUCGCAUAA